AUGGGCACUGAUAGGCAUCACUGAUGGGCACUGAUAGGCUGCACUGAUGAGGCACCACUGGUGGGUAUUGAUGAGGAGGCACUCAUGCAGGGGCGGACUGACAACUCAUGGGGCCCCGGGCAAUAGGGGACCAUGGGGCCCCUGUGUCCUUGCCCAAACUCAAAAAAGCCUAUGAAAAAGGUACCAGGGGCAUCUCACGGGGCCCCCUACUGACCCCGGGCCCUCAGGCAGUGCCCGAGUUUCCAAAUGGUCAGUCCGCCCCU